UUAGCGCGAGCCGCGAAUGCGAUAUCUGUGAAGAAUGAUCCAAGAAAUCCGUUCAAAUUGGUGGAGUUAAGCGUGAAUUUGUGUUACAAACAUGACCCCGACCAACACCCGGCGUCCUGCCACGAGGAAUUCCGCCCGAAAGGCCGCCUCUAGCCGUGCUACUAAAUCCAGGACGAACUCACCUUCCGACAGUUCAACGGAGGAUUUGCUAGUAAUCGACGAUGGAGCGGCUAAAAGUGAGACUUCGCGUAGCACAACGGCAGCCAACUCGAACAGCCAACUAGGGAUGAAAGAGCAGCCAUCCAUGAAACCAAAGCGUCCCGUACGAAAACGAAGAAGAAUAGGGAUGGAUGAGGAUGAUCCGCUGUUUAAUGAAACCUUCGAAGAAUCUAUUCGGGCGUCCGCGGCAAAAAACAAUCUCACACCGAUGUGUAUUAAGAAGCUUCUGAAGCAAUUGGUCGUUAAUGAUCAUGUUUUUGCGAUUGUAAGACUGAAGGAAGAGGAAGAACGUAACCGGCAGGCAAGCUUAGGAAAUCAAUUGAUAGAUAAUAGCGUAAGCGAGCUAUCGAAUAUGGAUACUACGAAAACUAGCUCCAAUGAAGCAGACGAUGAGGAUGAAGAUGAGAAAAAUCAUCCUGUGCCGAAGCUCACGCGAUUGAAAGCAAAACAGUUGAACCAGAAACUCAUUUCCUUCGCCCCGCUAAAUGCACCACCCUCGGAGGUAGCGGCUUUAAUUCGCGACGAUCUCAACUCGGACGAUGAUGAUGAUGAGUACCGGCCGGGAGAAGAUGACAUUCCUUCGGACGACGAAACCAACACCACGAUUUCGGAUGUAGAUUCACAGCCGAAUACGCCGGCUUCCGGAUUUAGAACGCCUGGACAUGAUAGCGAGAUCGAGGCACCAUAUGCGAUGGACGGACCGUUUAAAAUUCCUAAACCCCGGUUCGACAGCCACUCACAGUCCGAACAAGAACAAGAAAACAUAGCUCUGCGAACGCGCUCCAAGUUAUGUCUUACGAAAACGGACAUCGAAACAUUGGAGUCCACCUUCGUACCGCCGGACAUAACGACCGACAUGUACGAUAUCGAUUAUGAUAUGGAUCAGGAAUGGAAAGAUUUUCUGGAAGAGUUCACCAAACCAUUACCCAACGACUUGGAGGAUGACGAUGACAAUGAUCCGGAAUACGUCGGUGCAGAAAAGGUGCCUUUGGAUGCUGAAGAGAUGCGCCCUGUACGAGUUUCGAAAAAAGAGUUGAGUGAGCUAAUGAACGAGCUAGUGCAAAUGACCGGAAUCGACGAGGAAACGUUGCUGGAUCAGGCCUUUAAUGACGUCCUUGACACAUCGUUUGAUUGCAAUCAAAUCGAUCGUAUGUUAAACACACCUUUGUCACCAUCCGAACUAACAACUGCACCAGACGUCGAUAAAUCGGUUCCGAUGAAUAAUUCUGCGGAUGUACAGUCAUCGCACUGCACUACCAACUCGACGGUACCGCUGAACGACUGUAACAGUCCUGUGCAGGAAAGGAAUUGCUCGGUGUUUUUGCCCGAUAUUGUUUCAACUCCACACGUCUCUAGGCCACCAUUCGUACCAGAAAGCAAUACCAUAAUGCAGAGUGAAUUAAGACGGGGUGAACUGACGACUAUCCAGCUAAACGGCUCGGAACCAAACUGCCCAGCUGACUCGGGCUUGAGCGCAGGCGUAGAUGCUAAAACCAGUAGCAAGUUUAGCUUAAAGUUCGUUGUUCCCGUAGAAUCCAACUUUAGUUACGAUCCCGUGACGAGCCGGCUCAUACCGAACACCAAAGAGGAAAAGCGUUACACGUUCAACAAAACGGUGCAACCUCUUGUACUGAACCUUACCGAAGAACAGGUCGGAUUCACGGACUUUCAGCAUCAACUGCUACAGCAACAGCUGCGUAUGCAUGUGCAGCUUACCACGCAGCACUUUCUGCAAACCUACGGUCAUCCGACGAUGUGGAAAAUGGCCAAAACGUUUAAAGAUAUGUUGCAGGAGCUGGAUGAUAUCAGCACAAACAAACCCUGUGUGAGACCAUGUAAUCUGGAGACGGCCUUAGAUUGCUGCCAAAGCUGGGAGGAUGAGUUGUCGGUGCCGAGUGAUCUUAACGAUCAAUUGAGAGAGUACUGGCGAUCGCAAGAGAAGCGCAUGAAAAGGCCAAACUCAAAGUAUUCGUGCGGUGAAUUCCAUUGGCGGGUGAUGGAGAAGAUGCUCAACUGUAAGGCGUUCAUCUAUCCUGCCCUAAUACCAUACAAACCCUUCAGGACGGUUUUAAAGCCUUUCAGUUCCAUCUUGGAAGCAGAGGAACGGUUAAUUGCCUUUGGUUUGGAGCUGUAUUACGAGAAGGAGCGGAAAGAGAUGAAGCAAUCGUCGGUGUGUAGAAAAAUCGAUUUAACUAGAGUGUGUUAUCAAAUAGCGAAACAUUUGUUACCAAACCAUUCAUAUCACCGAGUGACGCGAUUAGUGCGGUCCAAGAAAUAUGGUUCCAUUGAUAAUCCCAUAACGUUCUAUCUAACCUAUGGAUAUGCACCUCCCUUCAAUCACACGCUAGAAAUAAUGGAUUUCGACAACAUCAUUCCGUUAGCAAUGUACCAGAAAGGAAUUCUGCAUCACAACUGGGACCGGUACUUACAUUCCGUCGAGCGGGCUAGAAGAGGUCUCACUUAUGUAGCGGAAUCUGGUAGCGCCGUGCAGCAACCCGUGCGCGGCGGUGCGUGUGCAGCCAAAUCGACCGAACCACCAUCUGGAGUACAGUUCCAAGUAGACAUACUGCUUCCAGGUGGUGUAGUGGAACUAUUUAAAACUCGAGAAGAAAUCUCACCCACGCCGCCGGUUCAAAUACCGUCGACGGUCCUGGCCCCGCCCGUCAUUCCCGGUGCUUAUAACGUUGCUGAGACCGCAGGGACAUCGACAACCCUUCCCAUCAUAUCCUCCCACAGUGUCGCUCCCGGUCAUGACGUAUCGGUUCUGCCUGGUUCGACUUCAACCACAACCUAUCGCAUCAAUAAUAACUCCUCAUCAAACGAAAGCAUCCAAGCCAAACUAAAUUGUGAUAUCGCGCCAAGUUCGACGCAGCAGCAGUCCCAUGCCAGCUCGGUGUCACCGAGACGAAGGUGGACGAAGGUCGACGGUAAAGAAAACGGCGCACCUCGAUCUCGGGCCGUAGCGAACGCGAUACUGUACGGUGUGCUGAGCCGUUACGUGAAGCUGCUGAAAACUGAAUGCACGGCGGCCCUCGGUGGACGGAGCGAAGCGGUCAAAUCAUUGGUUGGUCCGAUCCGGAAGGUGUACGGCCACUUCAAGCUGCUGGAAGUGUACGGACGGUUUUUAGGCGAUCUGCGAAAAAUGAGCGAAAACCUGACGGCCUAUCGGCACCGGUAUAAGUCCCUGCAACAGUUUCGCUCGCUUCAGCAGGAUGGCUUGUGGCAAUUCGCGUACAAUUCGCUCGACGGUAGUCUGAUAGUCAGUGCGCGGCGUGUGGCGUCGUGUCUGGUGGAGGAUCGCUACGGCAUGGACGACAAGGAUGCAGUGUUUGCGUUUAACUACUACGAAAAGGUGGAGGAUGUUCUGCUAGCGGCCGGACGAGCCGACCUGCUAGAUCGCUUUGAGGAGCUGAUCAAGGGUUUCAAUGAAUGCGACGAUCAAGCGACGGCACUGUACCGCCAGAUCGAACAACUGUUGAGUGAAGAGUUUCCCGAUCUGGUGGAUAUGUUUCUUACCUUCCUGCUCCCUGGGCAGGCGGUUGCAGUCGGGAAAUUCAUGGAGCACUUUAUCCUCACGAACAUGAACGAUUUUCUGGAGAAGCUCAACAUCUUCUUCGCUAAACAGCCGGCACAGAUCCGGAAGAUACAUGCCUGUUUGAACGAGCUGUCCAACGAGGCGAACGUAACGAUGGAACAGGUGAAGCAGCGCAUUCUACCGCUGCUUAAAGGGAGCACGCUGUUGAGUGAAUGGUUUCUGCAGCUCUUCCCCACCGAAGCGGCACCCGAUGUAGCUCCCGGGGAUUAUGAGACGAUCACGACGAAAAGAAAUCCUCCCGUGGAUGGCGGGGAUGGAGACGGUAUUAUAUACGAGCAUGUUCCGUACGUUGAGACGGGCCCGGAACCACCGGAAUCGGUGGUUUCGGGUUCGGGAACAUCGAAUACCAUCCGCUACAUUCAGGGCAGAAUCAUCUAUGGAGCCCUACCUGUACGCCUAUCGUUUCUGGCCACCAAUUGUGUGGUUCCGAUUGGGGCUAAUGGGGAAUCCGCGAAGGAACUGCAGCUAUGCGAUGACGCAACGUUGAGGGCGCACGCGAUAAGGUUGAAUCCGUUGGCUCACUCGACGAAACACAAUUCGAUGGUUGCUUCCAAUACGGCGACAGCAGCAGAGAACCCUGGCGUCGAUAUAAACGGUGGAAGUAGCAUGGGCUUAGCACGCGAUGUACAUACCUCUGGUACCAUUGGCCGCCACCACGACGAUGAAGGUUCUCCCAAAAAAGCAUCACCAAAGCUUCCAAUAAAAAAACGAUUCGUUUCACCGGUCUCCGCUGGUCGCCUCACACCUACCAGCGGGAGUGAGCGCACACCACCACCGUCGGCGCAAGGUGGAGUCGCAAAGAAGGCUGUCAAUGGCCAUACACCAACCGCACCUACCCCAGACUCAAAGGCUUUAUCUACGUCGAAAAAGCUCAGGACGCUUAUCAAUGCACCAAAUGCAGCAUUGAACGAAACGACGUCGUCUAAUAUGGAGCCCGAAUUGGUGGAACCAGUGCCACUCGCACUGGAUGUCACCGAUGGUUCCGUAGACUCUGCCUCAAUCGCUUCUACCACUGAUGACACGGAGGAGUCAACGAUCGUCAGUGCGAACGAAGAGGACCCUUCGGACGAUCCGGCGUUGUUCCGGAAUGGAUCGGAACCGGAGCGUACAACAGCUGUAGCAACAGCAGCUGUCCUCAUGCCAGUACCUGAUGUUACAAGCUGGACGCGGGAGGAGGAUAAGAUUAUUCUAGAAGAAAUGAAAAAUGGAUACUCAACCGUGGAGUCGUUCGUUCAGACGAUCGCGAGCAAGCUGACGGAGCGUUCCGGUGAGCAGAUUAGGAAUCGGUUCGAAUUUCUGCUCGAAGUGUUGCUCAAAGUGAACCAAAAGUGAACCGGUCUCAGUGAGGGUGUAAACAGGAGAGGGGGGAUGUGGGCUGGGGAAUUCGGUGCGAGGAAGUUAGAACUGUUUGUGAAUUGGAAAAUAGAGCUACGCUAUACAAAAUGUUAAUGCGAAAAAGAAUUAA